CCUGCCUGUCUCCGCGGCGCGGAGGAUGGUGUGGAAAUGGCUGGGCGCGUUGGUGGUGUUCCCUCUGCAGAUGAUCUAUCUGGUGGCCAAAGCAGCCGUCGGACUGGUGCUGCCCGCCAAGCUUCGGGACCUGUCGCGGGAGAACGUCCUCAUCACCGGCGGCGGGAGAGGCAUCGGACGCCAGCUCGCUCGCGAGUUCGCAGAACGCGGCGCCAGAAAGAUCGUUCUCUGGGGCCGGACUGAGAAAUGCCUGAAAGAGACGACAGAGGAGAUUCGGCAGAUGGGCACCGAGUGCCACUACUUCAUCUGUGAUGUAGGCAACCGGGAGGAGGUAUACCAGACGGCCAAAGCUGUCCGGGAGAAGGUGGGCGACAUCACCAUCCUGGUGAACAAUGCUGCCGUGGUCCACGGGAAGAGCCUGAUGGACAGUGACGAUGACGCCCUUCUCAAGUCCCAGCACAUCAACACCCUGGGCCAGUUCUGGACCACCAAGGCCUUCCUGCCGCGCAUGCUGGAGCUGCAGAACGGCCACAUCGUGUGUCUCAACUCCGUGCUGGCGCUGUCUGCCAUCCCUGGUGCCAUCGACUACUGCACGUCCAAAGCCUCGGCCUUCGCCUUCAUGGAGAGCCUGACCCUGGGGCUGCUGGACUGUCCAGGAGUCAGUGCCACCACCGUGCUGCCCUUCCACACCAGCACCGAGAUGUUCCAGGGUAUGAGGGUCAGGUUCCCCAACCUCUUCCCCCCGCUGAAGCCGGAGACUGUGGCCCGGAGGACGGUGGAAGCCGUGCAGCUGAAUCAGGCCCUCCUCCUUCUCCCGUGGACGAUGCAUGCCCUCAUUAUCUUGAAAAGCAUACUACCACAGGCUGCACUGGAGGAGAUCCACAAAUUCUCAGGAACCUAUACCUGCAUGAACACUUUCAAAGGGAGGACAUAAAGGCAGGAUGCAGAGACAUGCUUGAAAGCCACGGAACCUGAGGGGGCCAUGGCACGUGGGCACACCCCCAUGCGCCUGUCCCUUGGCACACUUCUGCUGGGUGAGUGGGACUUUUCCUGUCCCCAGGAAGAAUCCGGGUGAACCCCCAGGCCAGCCCCAGGACCUUUGCACAGGACUGAUGGGCGUAACUCUGACCCCCAUGGGGAGGCAAGAAACCAGCCAGCAGCCACCUUGACACUUUCAUACAUUUCUAAUUGUGUAGAGUUUAUUGUUAAAUUGCUUCUCGAGUCUAACCAGCCUUAGCAGUGUGUAUAGACUGUUUCCAGGAGGGUCUAUACCCAGAUGCUCUUUUCUUUGCAAAAU